ACACCACUCCAACACUCCCCUGGGCUAAAGAAUGUUCAGUAGCUUGUGCGCCGGUCUGACUCUCCACUAUCAGCUUUUAUGCUUCUCGAUUACGACUCGUCCCCACGAGUGAAGCAGCAUUUGAUUGUUGGCAAGAUUCAUGGCUGUAAGACAGUCUUAUUUAUGAUUCUUUUCUCUUCAGUUCAGCAAAGAGCAAAAGCAGUUGAGUGCAGAGGUAGCACCCGAUCUUAAAGCAAGGAGAAACUGGCAAACACGAAGGGACAGAGAUUGAUACACUUCCUUCAUCGUCGCAUACAAUGUCUCGUCCUGCACAUAGAAGACCAGAAUACCAUAAAAUAAACAAAGAUCUCUUUGUCCUCACCUAUGGAGCUCUGGUUGCCCAGCUCUGUAAGGAUUAUGAAAAAGAUGAAGAUGUGAAUAAAUACUUAGAUACAAUGGGAUACGGUAUUGGAACACGGCUGAUAGAAGACUUUCUGGCUCGGUCAUGUGUGAGAAGAUGCCAUAGUUAUUCAGAAAUUACAGACAUAAUUGCCCAGGUUGCUUUCAAGAUGUACUUGGGGAUCACACCAAGUGUGACCUGUAACAAUUCCAGCAGGAAUGAAUUUUCCCUGAUUCUAGACAAGAAUCCUCUGGUAGAGUUUGUGGAAGAGCUCCCCGCUGGCCGAUCCUCUCUGUGCUACUGCAAUUUACUCUGUGGGAUUAUCAGAGGUGCCCUGGAAAUGGUUCAUUUGGCUGCUGAUGUUACAUUCUUGCAAGACAGACUAAAAGGCGACAGUGUGACAGAAAUAGGAAUAACAUUUCUAAAAAAGUUAGAUGAGAGAAAAUACAGACGGAAAAAAUGAAGAAUAGCAUGCAAAAUGCCACGGGCUGGCUGGUUGGGGAAUUAAUAUUAGCUCAACAUAUAUAGCCAUAUAAAUUUUGAAUUGCUUAAUAGCAUGGAAUUUAAAAGGCGUAUAAAUCAGCUAGAAAUUUGAAAUGCAGAGCAUUAAGAUUUAAAUCUUUUUUUCUUUGCUUAUAAAUCACACAUUUUCAAUUUCAAGUCCAAAAGAUUUCAUGUACAAAUAAUUCCUUGUAAGAUAGCAAGCAUGAAUUCUACAUAUUACAUAAUCUGUCCUAAGAGUGUCUCUAUAUUUCAUUUACUUACGGUAAGAAAAAAAAGUUUACCACUUACACAGCCGGUGUAUUUAUCCCUUCUUAUUGGAAAAAAGAAUGAAGUGAUACAAUAUAAAGUUCAUUCUAUUAAGACAAUUUCUAGAUAUUGUAUAUUGCACUACCCAUAGAAACAGUGCCAUUAUAACAUUUUUCCAUAUUUUUAAGAAACUAUAGAUAGAUGAUUUUUCUCAUAUUGGUUUGGCUUAUAGCUUCAGCCUCCUGAAGCUACUCUUAGUUUAUAACUAUCAAGGCAAGCUAUUUACUUAUAUGCUAAUUCUGAAAUAAAAUAGCUUUUAAUUUUAAUUCAUUUAAUUUUGAGACAACUGAUACUAACCAAAUCCUUUCCUUUUCUCAUGAAAUAUUGCUGAUGGUCAGGCCAGGAAAUUCCUAAAAUGAGAGGUAAAUAAUGUACUUUGAUAAUACUUUCUUACCUCAAAGCUUAUUCAGUUAGACCUUUUAGGAUCAUUUUUAUCCCCUGAAAAUCAUACAAAGUAUAUUUUGUUUGUAACCAGAACAUAUUUCAAAUUCAAAAUGUACUGGACAAAUAAACAAUAAUCUUUACCAGAUCACGAGCAUACAGCAGUCCAGAAGUAGAGAACUCAGAUUACAAGUAAAAGUUACAACUAGUGGGGAACCAUUAGUUAAAACUUGCAUAUGUGAUACAGUAGUGAUAGACCUCAACUGGGACUCGGGAGCCUGAACAUGCAGCCCCAGCGCAGUUUCUAGUGGUAUCAGCUGAUCCUGACUGGUGGCUGGUCCUGGGGAAGGCAUGUCAUCUCUCAGCCUCUCUCCGUCUGUCUCUCUGUCUCAUUCAUCUGUAAAAUGAAAGGACUGGACAUAAUAAAUGUCAAAAAAACUAGGAGAAAGAAGACUGGGGGAAAUGGUUUGUUCCUCACCUACCCAGAUGUCUCUUCAAAAGGACGCUGAGGUAGGUAUUAAGGACCAAACAAUAUCACUUAUGCAGCUGCAGCAUCAGCGGAAGUAUUUUCAAGCCAGUUCUGCAGAAGACCAGGAGUAGAAUCUGGAAGAACAUUAUCUGAUACCAGAAGGGAUAUCAUAAUGCCAUGUAUUUUAAACUGAUGCCUUCAAGAAAAAUAUUUGCCUACAAGCCAUUCCAAAGCUUCUUUCGGGAUGUUUUCAUCUCCUGCUCAGUGUCCUCUUUCUCCAUAAUAGUACACUCACCCUUCCAGGAACCCACAAUAUUCAUGUCUAUGGGCCUCCCUCUUAGGUCGUCAUCCAACUAGCUGUCUUGAAAAUGUUCCAUGCCCUGGAGUAUUCUCCUACCUGUCUACAGCCUCCUUUCCUUUCUCCCUCAACCCAGCCGUCAGAAUUCCCUUAGACCAAUGUCUUCAUUCCCUACCCUUGAAAGCAGCUUAUCUGAUUCUCUCCAUGAUGCUGAGCAUUGGAACUGGUGAUGGCUUCAGAGUGAGGUUUGUUCUCCAUCCUUUUUCUGUUUUCUUCACCCUGGGGAAGGAAGCAAGUCUCCUGGCACUGAACUUACGCUAUGAAAGAUGAUCUAUAUAACCAAGAGAAUGUCUUAUUUGUAUUCACUAGGCGCUCUAUCUUGAAGAAUGUGAGAAUCUAGAAAGUAUUGUUCAUCAGAAUUUUGACAACUACUUAUAUAGAUUUUCUAAUAGCCACAUUAAAAAAAGCAAAAAGAUAAAUUAAGGUUAAAAAAAGUUAACAAGUUGAGGGGAGGAUGGAGCCCAGAGGUAGAGUGUGUG